GUGAAGAAGAAAGAGUUAGCGCUUGGAGGAAAUGCCCGUGAGAAAACACCAAGGAAUAUCAAAUUGAUAUAUUUUUUGCCCAGACGUGGACAGACAGCCGUCUUCGUUUCAACAGCACCAUGAAGAUACUGACUCUGAACAGCAACAUGGUUGGCUUGAUCUGGAUCCCAGACACGAUAUUUCGUAACUCAAAGACAGCAGAGGCCCACUGGAUCACCACCCCCAACCAGCUCCUCCGCAUAUGGAAUGAUGGCAAGAUCUUGUACACCCUCAGGCUUACCAUCAAUGCUGAGUGCCAGCUGCAGCUGCACAACUUCCCCAUGGAUGAACACUCCUGUCCUCUGAUAUUCUCCAGCUAUGGCUAUCCUAAAGAGGAAAUGAUUUACAGAUGGAGGAAAAAUUCAGUGGAGGCUGCUGACCAGAAAUCGUGGAGACUCUAUCAGUUUGACUUUAUGGGUCUCAGAAAUACUUCAGAAAUUGUGAAAACUUCUGCAGGUGAUUAUGUAGUCAUGACUAUAUACUUCGACUUAAGUAGAAGAAUGGGAUACUUCACUAUACAAACAUACAUUCCCUGUAUAUUAACAGUUGUUCUUUCCUGGGUAUCCUUUUGGAUCAAAAAAGAUGCCACACCAGCAAGAACAGCAUUAGAAGGAAAAUGGCACUGGAGGACUCCCAAGGAAGCAGUGGUGUGAAGACAUACUUUCAGAAUUCAUGG